ACAUGAUCUUAAUAUCCUAAUGAUUUUUGGCAUAAAAGAAAAAUGGAUAAUUUUGACCCAUACAAUGUAUUGUUGGCUAUUGCUACAAAUAUAGCUGUGCUGCUUAUGACUGCUUCUGUGCUGCAGGGACACGUGUUUCAAAAACUGUAAUUUUAUAAUUGUAAAAACUUUAUUAUAUAGACGUUUGUGACAAUACAGACACUACACAAUACAAGACACAACCUACGCUGUUAAUUCAGUGCUGAGGUUUAAGCCUCCUGAAAUAAGCCAACGGGAUCAGGAUAAAUGCUUGCAUUCAAGAAACACAAAACGAGACGUAUAUCGAGCAGCUGUCAUAAUCUGACCUAAUAUUGUCACUUCUAAUGUUUAAAACCCAAAUAUAACAGCUGUUUAGUGCUAAUUAUAAUAUUAUGACUUAUGAAUAACUUCCAGAAACUGAUGCAUUUCUGUCUCUCUUACUAUUUCACAUGCAGCGCAGCAGCUUCAUCUAUUGGUGAAAAAAGAAAUGACACAAAUGGAGCAUGAAGAACAAAACUCUUCACAUUUAGCAAAGACAUGACAGGGGAGUCAAAUUAAGUCACUUUAUUAUUUCUACACGUGUUUAAAAAACGGAAAUACACACAGCACUACCAUUUAAAACACUAAUAACCACAACUACAUCCCACUUAAACAGUCAUAUCUGUCUUCAUACCCAAAACAACUCACAAACUAACAUUAAGUAUAGGCUAUUAUGUGACCAUGCACCACAAAACCAGUCAUAAGGGUUAAUUGUUUGAUCAAAUAAAUAAGCUUUCCAUUGAUGUAUGGUUUGUUAUGAUCGGACAAUAUUUGUCUGAGAUACAACUAUUUGAAAAUCUGGAAUCUGAGGGUGCAAAAAAAUCUAAAUAUUGAGAAAAUCACCUUUAAAGUUGUUCAAAUGAAUUCUUAGCAAUGCAUAUUACUAAUCAAAAAGAAAGUUUUGAUAUAUUUAAGGUACAAAAUUUACUAAAUAUCUUCAUGGAACAUGAUCUUUACUUAAUAUCCUAAUGAUUUUUGGCAUAAAAGAAAAAUUGAUAAUUUUGACCCAUAUAAUGUAUUGUUGGCUAUUGCUACAAAUAUAGCUGUGCUGCUUAUGACUGCUUUUGUGCUGCAGGGUCACAAAUAUACGUAGAAGACUGGAAACACCAAAACAUAUGUUAUGUGAGAACACUGAAGAACUCAAUUCUCACAGCAUGUGAGAAAAAUGAACAAGCCACAGGAGUUUUAUGGUUUCAGUCAAACCAACACAUCUGAAAUUCGCUGAGUCUAAACUCAUGGUUGAUUGAUAAGGAAGUUUCAGUUGUACUGAGCUCACGAUGUCUCAAGAAGUGUACUGAUGCAACGCACAUGUACACUUCAACACUUAUGACACACGGACAGAACACAGACAAGCCUCUGCUAGUUUCACCUCAGUUUAAGAGCAAUUUACACCUGAUAAAUGAGACCUCACUCCUUUAAUAGUAGUGUCUGCUAAGGUAAGAAUCACUGUUAAUAUUGCAUAUAGUUAGGGUUAUGGGUCUGUAUUAAACAUCAGUAGCUUGUAGCACAGCGUUUGUUCUCUUUGAUUCCUCAAAUCUUGCUGAAGAGAGUUGUGGAAUCCGGGGAAUUACAGCUAACUAAAAUCAGAAAAAGACUAUUUAAUUAUUUGGAAUGAACGUUAACAGAAAUAAAAUGCAUAGAAAAAAAACGGAAAAAAGGAAAAUUAUUACAUUUUUUGUCAAGAAAAUAAAUAAAUAAAUAAUAAAAUAAAUUAACUGAAAUAAAAAUAAAAACUAUAUUAAGUUUUAUAUUACAAGAAAAUGACAAAAACACAAAAAUUACUAAAACUUUAAUUAAAAAUAAAAUGAAAAUUAUAGCUAACUAAAACCAGAAAAAAGAAAAUGUAAUUAUUUGAAAUGAAUGUUAAAGGAAAAAAAUGCACAGAAAGAAAGAAAGAAAAUACAAUAAAAAAAAACUAUUUUUAAUUAUAUGACAUUUAAAAAAUUACUAAAAUUUCCACUAAAAAUAAAAUUACAAAUUAAUUAAAAUUGUUAAAAAAAAAAAAAAAAACUAUAGUAGUAUCUUAAUGAGUAUCUUAAAUACGUUUACAUGGGCAAACGCUGCUUAUAUUUUCUUCAAAAAAAAAAAAAAAAAAAAAAAUGUAAUUAAUAUAUCAUUAAAAUAAUAAGUUGUCAAAGAAAGUAUCAUUUUAAAAAAUACCUCUGCACUCAAAUGAGCCGUAAUCCUAGACCUAGAUUUGCAUUUUGAAAUAAAUCCAGUAAUUCAGUGCAGCAAAUGAAUGAAGCACUGUUCGCAAACUAUAUUUAGAUUGUAUUUCAUACUGUCCAUUAAUGUUGCAAUCAAAUUGAAAGGCAGAGUGUCAAGCUUGAACCCUCCCACUGAUGAAAUAAAGCACAGAAACACUCCCUCUGAGAGUUUUUACACUCCAUCAGAGUCAAACACCCAUGCCAAAGCUCUCAGAUCUCCGAGUCAAUGCAUGCAAGUCGACCAGAGCCUCGUAAGAAGAAAACCAAUGUCUACCCCAGCGCCAACCACCUCGAAUUACACCAACUCCACCAUGUACCCCAGCGAGGGCAUGCGUGUGGUGCAGAUGGUGGUGACCGUGUUGAUCUUCAUCGUCGGCGUUUCUCUGAACGCUCUGGUGGUCUGGGCGUUGGGGGUUCGAGUUUGGUGCCGCAACAAAGGAGUGACCGGCGAAACGCAGAGUGCCGACAGCUUCCGGAUCUACGUAGUGAACCUGGCACUCGCUGACUUGGUGCUGUUACUACGGACGCCGAUGAUGCUGCCCUACUUAGUGAACCACUUCACUUGGACGCUGGGGGAGCCUGUAUGCAAGCUGGUGAUUUAUUUGCGAUGCCUGGGAUUGUACGCGAGCGCGUUUUUGCUGUGCGCCGUCGCGGUGGAGCGCUGCUUGUGUCUGCUUAGACCACUUUGGGCUCGAUUGAGACGCCCUCGAUGGGUCGUGCCAGUAGUUUGCGCCGCAAUAUGGGUGUUGGCGGCGGUUUUCGCCGCUCCCUACAUCGGAACAGCCAAAGUCAUUCUCUGGGAAAACCGGAAGGCGUGCAUUGAAAGCGAUUUGGGAGUAGGACAAGCCUUAAAUCUGUUGGAGACCAUGGCGGGAUUCUUGCUACCUUUGGUGAUCUUCUUGUCGUGUAAUAUUGCAGUGAUUUUUUGCGCAAAGAAAGCGGAGAGCAGUAUGUCUUCCCCAACUUCGUCUUCUGGUCCGGGUUACACAUCCAACCGUCUGAGCCGUCUCUAUCGUGUACUCUUCCUCACCAUGCUCCUCUUCCUCACUUGCUGGGUGCCUUACUUCACCUGCCGCUUUCUGAGAGCGCUUUCUCACGAUCGGCCCGAGUGGAAGAAGGUCAAGGAAGGAGCGAUUGGCGCGGCGUACGUGGCGCUGUUUCUGGUUUACAUAAAAAGCGCGCUCAACCCCGUCUUGUACGUGUUCGCGGCUCGCGGACUCGGCCGCACGGUUCGCGCCUCGCUUGUUUCCACCAUCGAGCGUGUCUUCAACGAGGAGCUGUCAGAGUCUUUGCGAAGAAAGUCUUUACGAAGGAGGGACUCUGAGCUUUAGGGGAGCUGCUGAUCUCAAUAUCUGAGAUUCCAGAUCUGCUUGUUUGACAAACGAUAAACACUGACAACAAGCAGAAAACACGUACAGCACCUCAAGAGAUUGACUGAGGCUCAGGCUUCGUUUGAUGGACAUGAAAGCAUUUCGCAAAAGCCAUUCUGUAGCUGAUAUAAUCGUUUAAUCUUGGAUUUAAUUGUGAUGCAU